ACUUGUAUUGUAUGGUUGGUAAGAGAAGAAAGAAGAAGAAGAAGAAGAAAACCGGAUAAGAAGACUCUGCAAAGUUCAAAGCUCCAUAGAAGCUGGACAGCCAUGUCCAACAGCUCCAUCAUCAAACCCACUUGGCUUCACAGCCCAGAGCCCAUUAUUCUUCUCCAAGACAAGUACCUUUCUACACCACUAACAUUCAGUGCUAAUCUUUCCCACAAAGCUUCUUCUUCUUUUUCUUCUUCUUCAACCUCCAAGCAUCGGAUCUUUACAGUGAGAAGCAGUAAUGGCAGCCCAAAAAAGAGCUUUAAUUUGAAGGAUGCAUUAGCUGGGGUGGUGGAUGGACAAGUGGAAGAGCUUAUGAACAGAGAAGAGAACAAGGUUAUGCUUGAAGGGUUGGAGAAGGCUUCGAUGAGGGUUGAGACGAUUAAGAGGGAGAUAGCUGAGUUAGAAAAGCAAGAGCUCGAGGCCCAGAAUAUGAGAAAAUACAUCAACCAGCUCGAAACUAGAGCUUCAGAGAUUGAAGACUGUCAGAAGGAGAUCUCAGAGGCAAGAGCCAUGGUUGAAGAAGCUGAACGCUCCCUCACUCAAAGUGGGAAUGGAGAGAUUGGGAAGGAUGAAGAGAGAUUGGAGUCUGUGAAAGCAGCUUCUAUAGCUGCCAUUGUUGGCACUCUUGCAAGCUUACCAAUCUCCUUGACUCAGGUAUCCACUACUUCAGAGCUGAUUCUCCCUCUAGCAAUAACCUUUGCUAGUUGUGCACUGUUUGGGGUUACCUUUCGAUACACAAUUCGAAGAGACUUGGAUGAUGUUCAUCUCAAGACAGGGGCUGUUGCAGCUUUUGGUGUUGUCAAAGGUCUUGCUGCCCUAAGUGCAGGACAGCCUUUGGAGUUGAAUACAGAGAGCCUCUUGUCUCAUGCAUUUGAUGGUGCAACUUAUGUAUCUCAGAACCUUUUUGUUUUUGCUUUUGCUGCUGUUGGUUUGGACUAUUGCUUUAAAGCAAGGCUUUUGAGUCCUUUCCCUAUCGAAAGAUCAAUUUCAAGGACCAAAGAUAGGUGAUGAACCACUUAGGUAUGCAUAGCAUCAUAGGGCUAUUGUUUAAUAAAUCACAGUUUUUGCCUUGUU